AUACACACAGGACGACGAGGGGAUCUUUAACACAGUUGCCGUGAUUGGAGCUGAGCAUGUCGCUUGUUCUCGUGCUCAAACCAUCUGGUCCAAUGCCUUCGUAAAUUUUGUUUAGAUUUGGAUUAGUUCAUUCUUCUUUUCACUUGUCUCUCUCUCUCACUCUCUCUCUCUCCCCCCCCCUCCUCUCUCUCUCUGGCUCUCCCCCUGUGUCUCUUGGCUACAAUAGCGUAGUGGCGAGAUCCGCACAUUGCAGAAUACCAUUGAUUUGGGAGAGGGAGCCAAAGAGAAAACGGGAUCAAAGUUCGUGGACAUGCUGCGGCAAUCAGGUUCGCAGUGAAAAGUCGGGGGGGAAAAAAACUCUGGCCGUGUUCUGUGGACGGAAGAAUGAAGCAACCGGGAACUUUUUUCAGGUCUGGAGGAGUCGUACCCCCGUGAUUGUGUGCGUUCAUGUGGGGUUCAGGGAGGGUUGGUUGCAAGACAAGACCAAUCAUUUGUCUUGAUUCUCUGGGCUGAGAGCAGGCAAACUGGGGGGGACGGGACGAGCAAAACCCUCUAUCAACACCUGAUCUAUUUCCCCAAACAAUUUAGUGUAUUCAUGAGGUUACGCAAAUGUGGAGGCAGCAAAACUACCGUAAUCAAUUGAAACAGCGAGUGCAUCCAUGCCUCUGAUUAUUUGGAGAUCAUCUAUCAGCCUGGUGUCUAUGUAACGAGGAAAGGGGGGCAUUGAAUUACUGUUGAGUUUCAUUGAGAAGUCCAUGAUCAUUGGGCAACGGAGUUUGGUCAGUGAUAAUAGGGCUCCUUGGUUGAGCGACGGAACUAUUUCAGCAAACAUUAGAUAGCUGACUCUGCCUUGCUGAAAGGUACUGUUUUGAAACUAAAACCCACACUGUCCAGACCAUCUGGUACGCCGUCUUCUGCGUAAUCUCUUUUUUGUCACCUGACAAAGGAAAAAAAGAGGCGGACAAGCUGCAGGUCCAAGAGGAUAAACUGAGCAUGGAGGUCAGGUACAACCAAGAGACGGAUGCGAUGGGGCUGAAGAAUGGACUAAAGAAGGCGAAAGAUGACAAGGAGUCCCAGGGCAGCUUGUCCAAAAGCUUCCUCAAGGAGCAGCAGGACUCCUUCUCCCCCUCUGGGACCGUGGACAACUGCGAGAAAAACAGGGGGAGCACGGGGGACCCGGACUACUGUCGGAGAAUACUAGUCCGAGAUGCUAAAGGAUCUAUCCGAGAGAUAAUCCUGCCGAAGGGUUUGGAUCUAGAUCGACCCAAGCGAACACGCACCUCCUUCACCGCAGAGCAACUUUACCGGCUGGAGAUGGAGUUUCAGAGAUGUCAGUACGUGGUGGGGAGGGAACGGACAGAACUGGCCCGUCAGCUCAAUCUUUCUGAAACCCAGGUUAAAGUCUGGUUCCAGAACCGGCGCACUAAGCAGAAGAAAGACCAGGGGAAGGACUCUGAACUGCGUUCUGUGGUGUCAGAAACGGCAGCGACCUGCAGCGUGCUCAGACUGCUGGAGCAGGGUCGGCUGCUGACUCCCCCAGGCCUGCCGGGCCUUCUGCCCCACUGCGGCAGCGGCACACUGGGCUCUGCCCUGCGCCCUCACUCUAUGGCCAUGGCCAACAACGGCAGCAGUAGCAGCAGCAGCGGAAGCACUGGCACGGCAGGUGGCAGCCCUCCUUUGCCAGUCGUAACCAGCUCAGGGACUGUGUCAGGCCUGCAGAGCACGGCGGCGGCUCACGGCCUCUUCAGUUUCCCCAUGCCAUCCUUACUUAGCGGCGUCGCCACCCGCAUUUCCUCCAACCCACUGUCCAUGGCAGGCUCCCUGGCUGGAAACCUGCAGGAACUCUCCGCCCGCUACCUGAGCUCCUCUGCCUUCGAGCCUUACUCGCGGACCAAUGGCAAAGAAUCCAUGGACAAGAAAAUUCUGGAAUGAUGCCUUUUUUUCAUAAAUGGAAAACUGUUUCUUCAAGACAUAUUUUGGUUAAAUUCUUGGCUUUUUCUGUCUUUGUUCUGCCCGUUCUCUGUCAUCAUGUUUGUGUCAUGUUCUGUAGCAGUUCAUGUAUUCUGGUUGCACAUCUGGCGCCUUGUACAAGGAAGAAAACAAAGACCUACAAAAGCUCAUCUAACAAAGACAGGGGGGUGUGUGUGUGUGUGUGUGUGUGUGUGUGUGUGUGUGUGUGUGUGUGUGUGUGUGUACGUGUGUGUGUGUGUAUGUGUAUGUGUAUGUCUGGCUGUGUGUGUUGUGUUGGUUGUGGGGGUUGAAAAGAUUUUGCACAAAAUGUUCAUAUAGGAUUUUUUUUU